AUGCGUUACUUCUCCGUUGCCCUCGCCCUCGCGGCCCCCCUGGUUUCCGCCAUCGAGUUCACCAGCCCCUCGGCCAACUCCACCGUCGCCAAGGGCAAGAGCUACGAGCUGUCGUGGAACACGGUCGACACGGACCCGUCGACCUUCAGCGUCUUCCUCGUCAACUUUGUCAACUGGCCUCCUUCCUACGUCCUCUUGGCCCAGGAUCUCGAGACCGCCGCCGGCUCUGCCUCCAUCGACGUUCCCUGCUCCACCCUCAACUCUGACGGUUACCAAUUCAACGCCAUCAACGGCACCAACGUCUACGUGAUCUACGCGCAGACACCCAAGUUCUCCGUCACCGGAUCCGACUGCACCGAUCCCACCACGCUGCCCCCGGCUUCGCCCUCCGCCUGCGCGCCGCCGAGCACCGUCACUGUCACGGUGAGCAAGACCCUUUCCAAGAACUCCACCGCGACGGCGACGGGCGGUUUCUCGGCGGCCCAGAGCAGCUUCAUCACGACCACCGCCGCCGUCCCGGCCACCACUCCCGAUGCCCCCGUCUUCCAUGGCACUUGUCCUGACACCAUUGGCUGGGCCUCAGACUACCAUCACCCCGUAACUCUCACCAAGCCCCCUCACCACCCCGAGGCCACCGGCGCUCCCUACCCGACCGGCUCCUUCAGCGCUAAGCACAACGAGGAGGUGACUACCAUUUACCGUACCACCUACCUGCCUUUGGAGCUGGCCCCGACUGGUGCUUGCAAGUCAGAAACAACAAGCGACCCCGGUGACGCCAAUAAUAGCCCGCGCUGCCGCAGCUCCGUGACGCCAAGCCGUGCCGAGAUGGUGGAGACGGUACCACUUGCGGCGCCGUCCGAUGUCACUCAAAACCGAUCCCACCUCAUGCGCGCCAGCCAUGCCGUGCCGGCCUGGCUCAGUGUUUGGCGACGAUUCUAG